GCGCCGCGGUCCCGGCAGGUCUCCAGGGGGAUCACCGACCCGCGGAGGAAGCAUCGCCGGGGCGCACGCUUGGCACUAUGACCCAGACGCCCGCCUUCGACAAGCCCAAAGUGGAGCUACAUGUCCACCUGGAUGGGGCCAUCAAGCCUGAAACCAUCUUAUACUACGGCAAGAAGAGGGGGAUUGCCCUCCCUGCUGAGACCGUGGAGGAGCUGCAGGACAUCAUCGGCCUGGACAAGCCCACCAGCCUCCCAUUUUUCUUGGCCAAGUUUGACUACUACAUGCCUGUCAUUGCGGGCUCCCGGGAGGCCAUCAAAAGGAUCGCCUAUGAGUUUGUCGAGAUGAAGGCCAAGGAGGGCGUGGCGUAUGUGGAGGUGCGUUACAGCCCGCACCUGCUGGCCAACGCUAAAGUGGAGCCGAUCCCCUGGGGCCAGGCAGAAGGGGACGUCACCCCCGAUGAUGUGGUGGCUCUGGUGAACCAGGGCCUGCAGGAGGGAGAGCGAGACUUUGGGGUGAAGGCGCGGUCUAUCCUGUGCUGCAUGCGCCACCAGCCUGACUGGUCCCUGGAGGUGGUGCAGCUGUGUAAGAAGUACCGGCAUCAGAUGGUUGUGGCCAUUGACCUGGCUGGAGACGAGACCAUCCAAGGGAGCAGCCUCUUCCCAGGACACGUGGAGGCCUACGAGGAGGCAGUGAGGAGCGGGAUUCACCGCACCGUCCACGCGGGCGAGGUGGGCUCCGCAGAGGUGGUGAGACAGGCUGUGGACACGCUUAAGACGGAGAGGGUGGGACACGGCUACCACACGCUGGAGGACGAGGCCCUUUAUGCCCGGCUGCGGCGUGAAAACCUGCACUUCGAGGUCUGCCCCUGGUCCAGCUACCUCACAGGCGCCUGGAAGUCAGAAACGGAGCACCCGGUGGUUCGGUUCAAACGUGACCAGGCUAACUACUCACUCAACACAGAUGACCCACUCAUCUUCAAGUCCACCCUGGAAACCGAUUACCAAAUGACCAAACAGAACAUGGGCUUUACCGAGGAGGAGUUCAAGAGACUGAACAUCAAUGCGGCAAAGUCCAGUUUCCUCCCCGAAGAUGAGAAGCAGCAGCUUCUUGAUCUGCUCUAUACAGCCUAUGGGCUGCCACCUUCGGCUGCUGCAGCAGGGCAGCAUCCCUGAAGACAUCAUAGCCACCUCUCCAAGCCCUCACCCCGUGGAUGGAACCUCCCUCAGGGUGAAUGACACUCACCUUUACUCCUUCAAGGAAGACCAGGAUGCCCAUAGUCAGCCACUGCUGCCUUGGAGCCCAUGUGCCUGUUUCUGUACACGUGAAUGCUUCAGCACGCUGCAGCUCUCUGACUAUGGACCAGAGUCUGGGUGAAUCUGAAACCUUCCUAUGGUGACUCAUGCUGAAAAUCUGGUGCUCAAUAAAGAAGCCAAUGGCUAGUGUUGUGCA